GUUGCGACGCGGAUCGUUUUUGUUAUUGCUGGUGUUUGUCAACGCUAUCCGGUUUUGAAUGGACUAGCGCAUAUUUAGACACACUUAAAGUAUGUUUAAUUGAUUCUGCAGCAAACUGGGAAAACGUCGCAUCCAACGUUCACUCUUAUUUUCUGUCACGGUUCUGUUUUUCCUCUUUUCUUGCAGAGGCAGCCAUGUUCCACAAAAGUUCACAGGGGAAAUACUGGAUUUUUGCAAGUGAAGACGAUGUUGAGCAGAAGAGAUACAAGGCCAACCAGAAUUUCCGCAACAAGAUGCUAGAGGGUGGGAAGCCUUGGGUAAGUGAGUCCAAGCUCUUGGAGCGUCACGAGGAAGAGGUUUUAAUCCGACACUACGAGAAGAGGAUGGUGGACUUCUGCAAUGCCUUCAAGCCUGUAAUGCCCAAGUCUGUUGUGGGUACAGCCAUCAUGUACUUCAGAAGAUUCUACCUGAACAACUCCAUCAUGGAGUACCACCCCAGGAUUAUCAUGCUGACUUGUGCCUACCUGUCCUGUAAAGUGGAUGAGUUCAACGUUUCCAGCACCCAGUUUGUGGGCAACCUUCUUCAGGAGACCCCGGCGGGGCAGGAAAGGGUUCUGGAACAGAUCCUGGAGUUUGAACUGCUGCUGAUCCAACAGCUCAACUUUCACCUGGUGGUCCACAACCCCUACAGACCGAUGGAGGGCCUGCUCAUCGACCUCAAGACAAGGUACCCCACGCUGGAGAACCCCGAGUCGCUGAGGAAGAGUGCAGAUGACUUUCUGACACAGGCGGCCAUGACGGACGCAGGACUGCUGUUCCCCCCCUCUCAGAUUGCUCUAACAGCUAUUCUGAACAGCGCCUCGAGAGCCGGUCUCAGCAUGGAGAGCUACCUGAAUGAAUGUCUGCGACUGAAAGAGGACAAAGAGACUCUCUCAAAGAUGUACGACUCUAUGAGACGGAUGAAAACCCUCCUGAAGAAGUAUGAACUUCCUAAACCGGAGGAGGUGAAUGCUUCCAAAAAGAAGUUGGAGAGGAUUCAUGCGGAGUUUUCCAGUUCAAGCAACAAACGAAAGCGAGGAUAUGAAGAAGACGGUCAUGUAGCGAAAGAACCUCGUUUAACAGAAGAUGAGGAAUGGACUGAUGAAGACCUGAUAUGAGCAUUUAAAGAUAUUAUUCUAGUGUACCAACAGUUUAUUCCAAUAUUAAACUGUGAAGAUUGGCCGACCGUGCCGUUACAGAAGAUACAAUGGGGAGGCAGAGACAGUUUGCAGACGUUUACACGUUAUAUUUACUUUUCUACAGCAUAUUGAAGACCUGGGUUUGUUCUGCAGUAGGAAUAAAGAUAUUUUUCUACAUUUUGUGUCUUGUUUCUGCAGAUUAAACAGUGAUAGAUUAUUAAGUGUGCAUACGUUCUCCACCUUUGUCCGGGGACAAUGAAUGACUCCGUAAUCUACUUUACAAAAACUGUUUAAUAAGUGCAUGCAUGGCUGAUACAAUCUGUACUACUCAAAAAAUGUUGCUGCUGUAAACACUUUCAUUUUACUUGGUUUCUCUGAUUACGUGUCUUGUCUGGCAUUGAGAAGUUUCAAAAAAGACCAAAUAAUCAAAAUAGCUGAUACAAUCUGAGGAAAAAGAGAAAUUCAGCUUAUCUCACUUAUAUACUCAUGAUUCCAGCAAGAGAAUUUAUUCUUAAUAUAAAAUAACCAUACUUCUCUGAAAAAACUGUUUCAAUCUAGAAAACAAAGAAAGAACAAAGACAGAAAUGCUAGUCUCAGCACUUUGCGGAUAUUGUUACAACCUUCAAAUAAAUCAGUAAAUUACAGUAUAAAAAGCUUUAUCGCUCAUAAUCCAGUUACAAGAAAGGGGGACUGAGAGAAUUAGCUUCUUCAUGUCACUUUCCUCAUAUUGAGCAGGAAGGAGGAGGGGAGGGGGGGGAGGGGUACACUUUGGCAACCUGUGCUAUCAGAACACACAGCAGGUACAAAGAAACUUAAUAUUUGGCCCUCGUGAUGAAGG